GCCGGCCCGCCCCCGAGGCCCGCCCGGGCCUCUCCUCCUCCAUCUUCAGCUUGGGCCCCAUGGAGCUGAUGUUCGCCGAGUGGGAGGACGGCGAGCGCUUCUCGUUCGAGGAUUCGGACCGCUUCGAGGAGGACUCGCUCUGCUCGUUCAUCUCGGAGGCCGAGAGCCUCUGCCAGAACUGGCGGGGAUGGCGCAAGCAGUCGGCGGGGCCGAACUCCCCCACCGGGGGCGGCGGCGGCGGCGGCGGCGGGGGCCGCAGCCGAGAUGGCCUGGUGAUCCCCUUGGUGGAGCUGUCGGCAAAGCAGGUGGCAUUCCACAUCCCUUUUGAGGUGGUGGAGAAGGUUUACCCCCCAGUGCCUGAACAACUACAACUUCGUAUUGCCUUCUGGAGCUUCCCCGAGAAUGAAGAGGACAUACGGCUCUAUUCGUGCUUGGCUAAUGGUAGUGCAGAUGAAUUCCAGCGUGGGGAACAGCUGUUCCGAAUGAGAGCUGUGAAGGAUCCACUACAAAUAGGGUUCCACCUGAGUGCCACAGUGGUGCCCCCUCAGAUGGUUCCCCCUAAGGGUGCAUACAAUGUGGCCGUGAUGUUUGACCGAUGCCGGGUCACCUCCUGCAGCUGCACCUGUGGGGCUGGUGCCAAGUGGUGCACCCAUGUAGUGGCGCUUUGCCUCUUCCGGAUUCACAAUGCUUCAGCAGUCUGCCUUCGGGCUCCUGUCUCAGAAUCCCUGUCUCGGCUCCAGAGGGAUCAGCUGCAGAAGUUUGCUCAGUACCUCAUCAGUGAGCUUCCUCAACAGAUCCUUCCCACAGCCCAGCGCCUCCUGGAUGAGCUCCUGUCCUCCCAGUCUACUGCCAUCAAUACUGUGUGUGGGGCCCCAGACCCCACUGCAGGUCCUUCAGCUUCUGACCAGAGUACCUGGUACCUGGAUGAGUCCACACUCAGUGAGAACAUCAAGAAGACCCUGCACAAAUUCUGCGGCCCCUCCCCAGUAGUCUUCAGUGACGUAAACUCAAUGUAUUUGUCAUCCACGGAGCCCCCAGCAGCUGCUGAAUGGGCGUGUCUCCUGCGUCCUCUGAGAGGACGAGAACCAGAGGGUGUGUGGAACCUGCUGAGUAUUGUUCGUGAGAUGUUCAAAAGGAGAGACAGCAACGCUGCUCCUCUGUUGGAGAUCCUCACAGACCAGUGUCUCACCUAUGAGCAGAUCACAGGCUGGUGGUACAGUGUGCGAACUUCAGCCUCCCAUAGCAGUGCCAGUGGGCAUACAGGCCGCAGUAAUGGGCAGUCAGAGGUGGCUGCCCAUGCAUGUGCAAGUAUGUGUGAUGAGAUGGUUACACUGUGGAGGCUGGCUGUGCUGGACCCCUCGAUUAGUCCACAGCGUCGUCGGGACCUGUGUGCCCAGCUGCGCCAGUGGCACCUGAAGGUGAUUGAGAAUGUCAAGCGGGGUCAGCACAAGAAAGCCCUGGAACGGCUCUUUCCAGGUUUCCGGCCUGCGGUAGAGGCCUGUGACUUCAGCUGGGAGGAGGCCUACCCACUCCCUGGUGUUACCUACAGUGGUUCUGAUAGAAAGCUGGCUCUUUGCUGGGCACGAAGCCUUCCCUCUCGGGCUGGCCCUCCCCGCUCUGGGGGCCCUGAUGAGGCUGGGGAUCGGCCCCGGCCACCCCCACCAGAGCCUUCGGUUCGACCUAAAGAGCCCGGGGCCAAACGCAAGGGGUCGGGUGAGGGGGUUCCCCAGUCCCAGCGUGGCCCCCGCCGCCCCUCAGCCGAGGGAGGAGAUAAACCUACACAUAAGCAGGGUCUAGGUGGAGGCAAGGCAAAGCUCCCGGGUGGAGGGUGUGGUGGUAAGGGCGCAGUGAGUGGUGGGGGCAAACGUCGGCUGAGCAGUGAAGAUAGCUCCUUGGAGCCUGACCUAGCUGAGAUGAGCUUGGAUGAUGGGAGCAGCCUGGCUCUGGGGGCAGAGGCCAGCACCUUUGGGGGCUUUCCUGAGAGCCCACCCCAUGGACUUCCCUCCAGUACUCCCCCCACCUUCCACUCUGAACCCCCUGAUGCAUAUGAAGAAGAUGGUGGUGUUUACUUCUUAGAGGGGCCUGAGCCCCCAGUUGCCCCAUCCAGCCUACCAGGACUGCUCCCUGGGGAAGGAACUACCCAGGAUGACCUCCCCUCCACAGAUGAGAGUGGUGGAUGCCCCCCUAAACCCAAAGACAUGGCCCCUGGAACUGGGGAAGAAGAUGAUGAUUACCAGGUGUAUUACCUGAAUGCCCAGGAUGGGACUGGGGGUGAGGAAGAGAAGCCUGAGGUGGGUGCUGGUGAGGAGCAGGACCUUUUUGCUGGGCUCAAGCCACUGAAACAGGAGAGCCGAAUGGAGGUACUUUUUGCCUGUGCCGAGGCACUGCAUGCCCAUGGCUAUAGCAAUGAGGCUUCCCGACUCACUGUGGAGCUUGCUCAGGACUUAUUGGCCAAUCCACCUGACCUCAAGGUGGAACCGCCCCCUGCCAAGGGUAAGAAAAACAAGGUAUCCACAAGUCGCCAAACCUGGGUGGCCACCAACACUCUGACCAAGGCGGCCUUCCUCCUGACUGUGUUGGGUGAGCGGCCUGAGCAUCACAACUUGGCCUUCCGCAUCGGCAUGUUUGCCUUGGAGCUGCAGCGGCCUCCGGCUUCCACCAAGGCCUUGGAGGUGAAGCUGGCGUACCAGGAAUCAGAGGUGGCCGCUCUGCUGAAGAAGAUCCCUCUAGGAGUGAGCGAGAUGAGCACCAUGCGGUGCCGGGCCGAGGAGCUUCGGGAGGGAACCUUGUGUGACUACCGGCCUGUCCUGCCCCUCAUCUUGGCCAGCUUCAUCUUCGACGUGCUCUGCACCCCAGUAGUCUCCCCCACAGGUUCUCGACCCCCAAGCCGAAACUGGAACAAUGAAAUGCCUGGAGAUGAAGAGCUAGGAUUUGAAGCAGCUGUAGCUGCCCUGGGCAUGAAGACCACUGUGAGUGAAGCUGAGCACCCGCUCCUGUGCGAGGGCACACGCCGUGAGAAGGGAGACCUGGCUCUGGCGCUGAUGAUCACCUACAAGGACGACCAGGCCAAGCUCAAGAAGAUCCUGGACAAGCUCCUGGACCGGGAGAGUCAGACACAUAAGCCACAGACUUUGAGUUCUUUCUACUCAUCCAGCCGCCCAGCUACUUCAAGCCAGAGGUCCCCGUCUAAGCACGGGGGUCCCGCUGCAGGGGGAGGCCUGCAGCCGCUGCCUCCAGGCUCGGCAGGGGGUACCCAGCCGGGGGCUGUGGCUGGGGUCAACCCAGACCCAGCUGAGGGCUUCACAGAAAAGACUGUGCCUGAGAGCUCCCCGCGUUCCCCUUGUGAGGGCCCCCCACCUGAGGCUGCUGUGGCCCCCAAACCAGAGGGGAAGGUUCCAAGCCGCUUGGCACUUGGCAGCCGAGGAGGCUACAAUGGGCGGGGCUGGGGAUCCCCAGGACGGCCCAAGAAAAAGCACACAGGCAUGGCCAGCAUUGACAGCAGUGCCCCUGAGACGACAUCGGACAGCUCCCCAACCCUGAGCCGAAGGCCACUACGGGGGGGCUGGGCCCCCACCUCCUGGGGCCGGGGUCAGGACAGCGACAGCAUCAGCAGCUCAUCCUCCGACUCUCUGGGCUCCUCCUCCUCCAGUGGCAGCCGACGUGCCAGUGCAAGUGGGGGUGCCCGGGCCAAGACAGCCGAGGUUGGCAGGUACAAGGGCCGUCGCCCAGAGAGCCAUGCCCCCCACGUACCCAACCAGCCAUCAGAGGCAGCUGCGCAUUUCUACUUCGAGCUGGCAAAAACAGUGUUGAUCAAGGCCGGGGGAAACAGCAGCACCUCCAUCUUUACCCAUCCGUCCUCGUCAGGGGGUCACCAGGGCCCCCACAGAAAUCUGCAUCUUUGCGCCUUUGAGAUUGGACUCUAUGCUUUGGGUCUGCACAAUUUCGUCUCGCCCAACUGGCUCUCUCGAACCUAUUCCUCCCAUGUGUCCUGGAUCACAGGCCAAGCGAUGGAGAUUGGGAGUGCAGCCCUGACUAUCCUGGUGGAGUGCUGGGAUGGGCAUCUCACACCCCCCGAAGUUGCCUCCCUGGCUGACCGGGCAUCACGGGCACGGGACUCCAACAUGGUGAGGGCAGCAGCUGAGUUGGCCCUGAGUUGCCUGCCCCAUGCCCACGCCUUGAACCCCAAUGAGAUCCAGAGAGCAUUAGUGCAGUGUAAGGAGCAGGAUAACCUGAUGCUUGAGAAGGCGUGCAUGGCAGUGGAGGAGGCAGCCAAGGGUGGGGGUGUGUACCCUGAAGUGUUGUUCGAAGUCGCCCACCAGUGGUUCUGGCUUUAUGAGCAGACGGUGGGGGGCUCAGCCACACCACGUGAGGGUGCCACAGGCUGCAGUGCCAGUGGGGCCCGGGCAUCGGGGGAGGCUGGGCGGGCACUGCCUGAGGGCCGUGGUGGACCAGGGACCGAGGCAGUCACAGUGUCAGCAGCGGCAGUGACGGCAGCAGCCACAGUGGUACCAGUCAUUUCAGUGGGGUCUGGUUUGUACCCAGGGCCUGGCCUGGGACAUGGCCACUCCACUGGCUUGCACCCCUAUACCACUCUGCAGCCCCAUCUGCCCUGCAACCCCCAGUACCUUACCCACCCUGGUCACCCCUUGCCCCAUAUGCCUCGGCCUGCUGUUUUUCCUGUGCCCAGCUCUGCAUACCCACAGGGUGUGCACCAUGCAUUCCUGGGUCCUCAGUAUCCCUACUCGGUGACACCGUCCUCACUUGCUGCCACAGCUGUAUCCUUCCCUGUUCCUUCCAUGGCACCCAUAACGGUGCAUCCCUACCACACUGAAUCAGGGCUCCCACUGCCCUCCAUGAACAGUGUCCAUACACCCAGCAGCAUCCAUCAAAGUUCCACAUAUCCCGCUAUCCAGGGCAACUCAGUGUCCACCAUAAGUACCCAGCCGAGCUGCCUGGUAAGUGGGAGCUUCCCCCCGCCAGAAGAGGAGACGCACAGCCAGCCUGUCGGCACCCAGAGUCUGCAUCACUUGCACGCUGCCUACAGAGUUGGGAUGCUGGCGCUGGAGAUGUUAGGCCGACGGGCGCAUAAUGAUCACCCCAACAACUUUUCUCGCAGCCCGCCCUAUACCGAGGAUGUCAAAUGGUUGCUGGGGCUAGCGGCUAAGCUGGGAGUGAACUACGUGCACCAGUUCUGUAUGGGGGCAGCCAAGGGGGUGCUGAGCCCAUUUGUGCUACAGGAGAUCGUCAUGGAGACGCUGCAGCGGUUGAACCCUGCUCAUGCGCACACCCACCUGCGCACCCCAGCCUUCCAUCAGCUGGUCCAACGAUGCCAGCAGGCGUACAUGCAGUACAUCCACCACCGCCUGAUCCACCUGACCCCUGCCGACUACGACGACUUUGUGAACGCAAUCCGCGGCGCUCGCAGCGCCUUCUGCCUGACCCCUAUGGGCAUGAUGCAGUUCAACGACAUCCUGCAGAACCUCAAACGCAGCAAGCAGACCAAGGAGCUGUGGCAGCGUGUAUCGCUUGACAUGACCACCUUCUCCCCUUGAGCCUGGCCCCCCCUCACCCUCCCAGAGCCCAUCUGGAAACAGACAGGGGGACCUCGAACCGGCUGGACAGAUUUGCUCUGCUCAGGGGGUGGGGGGAGGUCCCUCCUAGGACGUUGUUCGGGGCUAGGCCUGGAGCAGGGGCAAGCUGGGGACGUUGCUGCCUCUGGGCCCAAGAGCCAACGGCUAGUUGGGGGUGGGGGGAAGGAGG